AUAAGGGCGUUACGUGUACACUUCAUUUGCCAUUCGUCGGUGACCUUUCUCUUUACACUGAUUACAGAAGCGAGCUUAGUUCUUACUGUUGUUACUGAAAACAAGUGAGAAAAAACAAAGAAAACACAAGUAGCAGGGGAAACCAUGAAGCUGCUCUCUCCUUCAUUACCCAAUAAUCUUUCAGUCAAAUUCUCUUUGCUUCAUAUCUCUCCACCACCUUAUAAUCGUCUUUUCAAAUACCCAUCUCCUAUUUCUUCUCACACUAUUACUGACAGUACAAGAACAACAAGAAGAAGGCCAAAUUUCAUUGCCAACUGCACCACUAGCAGUAGAAACGUAGGACUAGAAUCUACGUCGUCAGAUUCUACUGAUCUUGAUUGUGUGGGGACGGGCCUGGACGUGGAGUGCCUCAUAUCUUCCGAAAGUAGCAGCAAUGGUACAAUGUCAUCAACAGAAACAACCGCAGUGGAACAAGGAAGAGAAGAAAGAGAAUCGAAAAGGGAUGAUUUGUUAGAAAUGGUGGUGGAGAAUGGAGUAUUGGUUUCUCCAUUCUUCUUUUGGGGUACGGCUAUGGUGGCGAUGAAGGAGGUUCUUCCUCUUACUGGACCUUUCUUUGUGGCUGCUUUUCGGCUUAUUCCUGCUGGGUUAAUAUUGAUUGCUUUUGCUGCUUAUAAAGAUAGGCCUUUCCCUUCUGGGUUCAAUGCUUGGCUCUCCAUCUUUCUUUUUGGGCUUGUUGAUGCCACUUUCUUUCAGGGAUUUCUUGCUGAAGGAUUGCAGAGGACAUCUGCUGGUUUAGGCAGUGUCAUAAUUGACUCGCAACCUCUAACAGUGGCUGUACUUGCAGCCCUGUUAUUUGGUGAAUCCAUUGGAUUAGUUGGAGCUGGAGGUCUUGUACUUGGUGUUGUAGGACUUCUACUUCUUGAGGUACCUGCUCUUUCUAUUGACCAAAGUAAUUUUUCUUUAUGGGGAAGUGGAGAGUGGUGGAUGCUUCUUGCUGCUCAGAGCAUGGCAGUAGGCACAGUCAUGGUCCGCUGGGUUACUAAGUACUCCGAUCCUGUUAUGGCAACUGGAUGGCACAUGGUUAUUGGUGGUCUCCCUCUUACAGUAAUCUCUAUUCUCAAUCAUGAUCCUUUGUUUAAUGGGAGUCUCCAGGAGCUUACAGUGAGUGACAUAGCAGCACUCCUUUAUACCUCUAUUUUUGGAAGUGCUAUCAGUUAUGGUGUAUUCUUCUACAGUGCAACAAAAGGUAGCCUGACAAAACUCAGUUCCCUCACCUUUUUAACCCCAAUGUUUGCUUCAAUUUUUGGGUUUCUAUAUCUCGGUGAGACCUUCUCACCCUUGCAACUGUUUGGAGCUGCUGUUACUUUGGUAGCAAUAUACAUGGUUAAUUAUCGUAGCAGUAUGGAAUGAAGCCCUUGGUCUGUAAGGUUAAAUAGAGACACAAAAAGAGAACAUGUAUAUAGUCAAGUCUACGCACAAUGCUCUAGGCUCUAGACCUCUAUGCUGCAGCAUGUAAAUGGCAUGGAUCUGUAACUUAGAGUGCAAUUCAUAAAAACAGAUAUCAGUUAUACUCGACUGUGGGUUUAACUAAUGGCAAUGCUCUGCACAAGGGUUAGGAGCUUCUUAUAGUUGGGACCUCCUGGGGCUACAUAUGAUUCAGAAUUGACCAAGUUAUGCAAUGAUAUAAUGAGGCGUCCAUGGGACGAUCAGUUUCGGGGAUGGUGAGGGCCUGCAUUUUGACUGCUGAAAAAAACUUGGAACCUUUCUUACGACCAUGUAUACGGGUAAACUGAUGAAGCUGAUUAAUAGGGUAUGCUGUCAGGGUAAUCUCCUUGUUAUCAUGUUAGAAUUUUUUUAAUAUAGCAAAAAGGUUCUAAAAACUGCAUUAGUCUGGAAAGGUCUGUGCAUUUGUUCAAGGUAUUUUUGUUGAAAAUAAUCCUAAUUGCUAAGUUCUUGUUUUUUUUUU